UACCAAAUCAAUCACUAAUACAAUAUCUAAAGCUGUAAACGUACCCUUUAAAAUCUGUGUUUAUCUUUUGGCAGGGAUAAAUGUGUUACAAAAUCUAUAGUUUCUUUUCAGAGCUCAACUGAAAGAUGGACAACACGACAGCACUGACAUUCACAAUGACGGCAUAUGCUGUCAUGGAAAACUACAAGUAUUGGAUGUUUGUUGUAUUCCUCCUGCUUUAUCUUAUUAUUAUCUGUUUGAAUGUGCUGCUCAUUUCUGUCAUACACCAAAACAAAGAUUUGCAUCAGCCUAUGAAUUUGUUCCCGUGUAUGUUAUCCAUCAAUGAAAUAUAUGGCAGUACUGCGUUGCUCCCCACCAUUCUGUCUGUGCUCUUAUCUGAGCCACAUGAAAUAAGCGUGAAGUGGUGUAUGGCUCAAGUCUAUUUCCUACACACGUAUGCAAGUGCUGAGUUUUGUAUUUUAGCUGUUAUGGGAUACGACAGAUAUAUUGCCAUCUGUAAACCACUACAUUACCACAGCAUCAUGUCUCUUUCGACGGCAGGCAAGCUUGUUGCAUUGGCAGUUAUAUAUCCGGUUGUUGUGUUUGGAAGCUUUUACUCACUAACUAUACAGCUGAGAUUCUGUGGAAAAGUCAUGCCGAAAAUGUACUGUGUGAACAUGGAACUGGUCAAAAAUUCGUGUUCACCUGCAUCUUACAUAAGUAUCGUGGGUCUUUUUCUUCUUCUGCUCUUAGUUGUGCCUCAGGUACUGAUUAUUGUUUUUUCUUAUGCACAAAUUUCAAGAGUAUGUCGUAAAUUGUCAAGAGAAUCUCAACGCAAUGCUCUGAAAACUUGUGUCCCACAUUUAUUAUCAUUAGUGAACUACACCAUCGCUUCCCUUUUUGAAAUUAUCCAAACUAGAUUUGACAUGAGUCAUGUUGCUGUUGAGGCAAGGAUAUUCCUGUCUUUAUACUUUGUCAUCCUUCCACCAAUUACCAACCCAGUGCUGUAUGGUCUCGGUACUCAAAUGGUAAGAGUUCAACUACUGAAACUGUUUAUCAGAUAUAAGAUGCUGCAAACACUGUUAGCAAAGGCAGUGACUGCAGCUUCAGUAUAGAGUCCAUUUUUAUCUUUUAUCAUUUCAUAAAUUUGUGUGUAAAUUAGUGUGGAAACUUAUGGAUUCUUUAUAACUAAAAAUGCUAACAAUAACCUCUAUGAUAUACACUAUCUUGUAAUUCAAAGCUAUGUUUUGAAUAUGGAAGUGGAAAACUGAAAUGCAUAUUUCACAUAAGCACUUAAAUAUGCCAGAAUUGCUGUAGUUGAUGAUACUAAUUGCCUUUGUGUUACAUAAGAUGUAUCAUAGCAAGCAUGUCUCAGUUUCAGAAAAUAAGUAAGUGCAAUAGAUUUUAUAGAUAGAUUACAUUUAAUCUAGAUAGAUUUUAAUAGGAUUUACUGUAGACUAUUGUAUUUACUUUUCCAUAUUCAUCAAUAAGGCAGGGUGAUUGUGAAUUUUAGUCAUCACUGACUGACUGAAUGACUUGUUUGGUAGGUUUUUGUGUUUGCAUAUUAAAAAAUUGUUUGGCUUCAAAUAUCAGAGAGGAAAUGCAUAAGGGAAAAUAAAUGUUUUUUGGAUGAACACAUGUAUUUGGUAAAAAGGUAGUUGUUUAGAAGUCACAGUGUCAGCAAACAAUAAAAGGUUUUUAU